AUGCAAAGCAAAGGCGGGCCGGGCCGACUCCAGAUCCCGGAGCUACCUCGCAGAGCCCAGCAGCUCAGUUCGUUGCUGCCGCAUUGGUUUCCCCGUCCGCAAGGCGCGGACACCGUACCGUGCACGCUGGCACCGAAAGGCGCGCCGCCUCCUGCCGCUUCCGUGCGCUUGCUUGGGCUCAAACGCCAGGCCGACGACGUGCGUCCGUCCAUGCGAGCAGCAGCAUCAGCACGAACACGAUACGCCCGCCCGCCCAGCGAGGUCGGGUCGCAGGCACUACAACCCCGUCGUGUCUGUUGA